CGGCCGCUGCUGUUUGCUGGCUGGGGGGGAAGCUUCGGGCCUCGCCCGGGAGCAGCGGGGCCGAGGCAGGCGCGAUGCUGUUCCCGGGAGGCGUCGUUGGCUACCGGUGAGGAAGGUGGAAGCACGAAGUCGCCUCCCCCGGGUCCCCGGCGCCCCCUCUAUGUACGCCUCCCUGCGCUCGGGGCCGGUCGCCGCUUCGUCUGCUCCGGUGCCGUCGUCGACGCUCGGGUCGUGGGGCUCCGACGUCGGCCGCGGCUGUGCCCGGCGGCAGGGGAAGCGCCCCGGCGGCGUCCAGGCUGCGGGCCGCCGGGCGAGCGUGUGGCAGGAAGUACUUAAGCAGCUACAAGGAAGUAUUGAAGAUGAAGCCAUGGCUUCUUCUGGACAGAUGGAUUUACUAGAACGUCUUAAAGAACUUAACUUAGAUAGCAGCAAUUUCCUUGGAGUGAAACUACGGUCAAAAAUGUCCCUCCGGUCUUACGGAAGUCGGGAAGGAUCUGUAUCAAGUCGUUCAGGAGAGGGUAGUCCUGUUCCCAUGGGGUCGUUUCCAAGAAGAGUCUUUGUAAAUGGAAGCAGAGAAAGUACUGGAUAUCUAGAAGAGCUUGAGAAAGAAAGAUCAUUACUCCUUGCUGAUCUGGACAAAGAAGAAAAGGAAAAAGACUGGUAUUAUGCUCAACUUCAGAAUCUCACUAAAAGAAUAGAUAGCCUUCCUUUAACUGAAAAUUUUUCCUUGCAAACAGAUAUGACCAGAAGGCAAUUGGAAUAUGAAGCAAGGCAGAUCAGAGUUGCAAUGGAAGAACAACUGGGUACUUGUCAGGAUAUGGAAAAACGAGCACAGCGAAGAAUAACCAGAAUUCAACAAAUAGAGAAGGACAUCCUUCGUAUACGACAGCUUUUACAAUCCCAAGCAACAGAAGCAGAGAGGUCAUCUCAGAGCAAGCAUGAAGCCAGCUCACAGGAAGCUGAGCGGCAGAAUGAAGGUCAAGGAGUGGCAGAACUCAACAUGGCAACUUCUGGUAGUGGUCAGAGUUCAACUACACGAGUAGACCAUGAAACAGCCAGUGUUCUAAGUUCCAGCAGUACACAUUCUGCUCCUCGAAGACUGACAAGUCACCUGGGAACCAAGGUGGAAAUGGUGUAUUCAUUGUUGUCAAUGCUUGGUACUCAUGAUAAGGAUGAUAUGUCACGAACUUUGCUAGCUAUGUCUAGCUCCCAAGACAGCUGUAUAUCCAUGCGACAGUCUGGAUGUCUUCCUCUCCUCAUCCAGCUUUUACAUGGCAAUGACAAAGACUCUGUAUUGUUGGGAAAUUCCCGGGGCAGUAAAGAGGCUCGGGCCAGGGCCAGUGCAGCACUCCACAACAUCAUUCACUCACAGCCUGAUGACAAGAGAGGCAGGCGUGAAAUCCGAGUCCUUCAUCUUUUGGAACAGAUACGAGCUUACUGUGAAACCUGUUGGGAGUGGCAGGAAGCCCAUGAACAAGGCAUGGACCAGGACAAAAAUCCAAUGCCAGCUCCUGUUGAACAUCAGAUCUGUCCUGCUGUGUGUGUUCUGAUGAAACUUUCAUUUGAUGAAGAGCAUAGACAUGCAAUGAAUGAACUCGGUAGGAAGGCUACCCGGGGCAUUUCAUCACAGGAGCUAGGGCGGGGGCUUUCAGGAGGACUACAGGCCAUUGCAGAAUUAUUGCAAGUGGACUGUGAGAUGUAUGGGCUUACUAAUGAUCACUACAGUAUUACUUUAAGACGAUAUGCUGGAAUGGCUUUAACAAACUUGACCUUUGGAGAUGUAGCCAACAAGGCUACCUUAUGCUCUAUGAAAGGCUGCAUGAGAGCACUUGUGGCCCAACUAAAAUCGGAAAGCGAAGACUUACAGCAGGUUAUUGCAAGUGUCUUGAGGAAUUUGUCUUGGCGAGCAGACGUAAAUAGCAAAAAGACAUUGCGGGAAGUUGGAAGUGUUAAAGCAUUGAUGGAAUGUGCUUUGGAAGUUAAAAAGGAAUCAACUCUCAAAAGUGUAUUGAGUGCCUUAUGGAAUUUGUCGGCACAUUGCACUGAGAAUAAAGCUGAUAUAUGUGCUGUAGAUGGUGCACUUGCAUUUUUGGUCGGCACACUGACUUACAGGAGCCAGACAAAUACUUUAGCCAUUAUAGAAAGUGGAGGCGGGAUAUUACGGAAUGUGUCCAGCUUGAUAGCUACAAAUGAAGACCACAGGCAAAUCUUAAGAGAAAACAACUGCUUGCAAACCUUAUUACAGCACUUGAAAUCUCACAGUUUGACAAUAGUCAGUAAUGCAUGUGGAACAUUGUGGAAUCUCUCAGCAAGAAAUCCUAAAGACCAGGAAGCAUUAUGGGACAUGGGGGCAGUUAGCAUGCUCAAGAACCUCAUUCAUUCAAAGCACAAAAUGAUUGCUAUGGGAAGUGCUGCAGCUUUAAGGAAUCUCAUGGCAAAUAGACCUGCAAAGUAUAAGGAUGCCAAUAUUAUGUCUCCUGGUUCCAGCUUGCCCUCUCUUCAUGUUAGGAAACAGAAAGCCCUGGAAGCAGAAUUAGAUGCUCAACAUUUAUCAGAAACUUUUGACAAUAUUGACAAUUUAAGUCCCAAGGCAUCUCAUCGUAGUAAGCAGAGACACAAGCAAAAUCUUUAUGGAGACUAUGUUUUUGACACCAACCGACAUGAUGAUAACAGAUCAGAAAAUUUUAAUACUGGAAACAUGACUGUUCUUUCGCCAUAUUUGAAUACUACAGUGUUGCCCAGCUCCUCCUCAUCAAGGGGAAGUUUAGAUAGUUCUCGUUCUGAAAAAGAUAGAAGUUUGGAGAGAGAACGAGGGCUUGGCCUCAGCACCUACCACCCAGCAACAGAAAAUCCAGGCACCUCUUCCAAGAGGGGUUUGCAGAUCUCUACCACUGCAGCCCAGAUUGCCAAAGUCAUGGAAGAAGUAUCAGCCAUUCACACCUCCCAGGAAGAAAGAAGUUCUGGUUCUACCACGGAUUUGCACUGUGUGACAGAUGAGAGGAAUGCAGUGAGGAGGAGCUCUGCUGCCCAUACACAUUCAAACACAUACAAUUUUACCAAGUCAGAGAAUUCAAAUAGAACAUGCUCUAUGCCUUAUGCCAAAGCGGAAUAUAAGAGAUCUUCAAAUGACAGUUUAAAUAGUGUUAGUAGUAGUGAUGGUUAUGGUAAACGAGGACAAAUGAAGCCCUCAAUUGAAUCCUACUCUGAAGAUGAUGAGAGUAAAUUUUGCAGCUAUGGACAAUAUCCAGCUGAUCUAGCUCAUAAAAUACACAGUGCAAAUCAUAUGGAUGAUAAUGAUGGAGAACUGGAUACACCAAUAAAUUACAGUCUUAAAUAUUCAGAUGAGCAGUUGAACUCUGGAAGGCAGAGUCCUUCACAGAAUGAAAGAUGGGCAAGACCCAAGCAUAUAAUAGAAGAUGAAAUAAAACAGAGUGAGCAGAGACAAUCAAGAACUCAAAACACCACUUACCCUGUGUACACUGAGAGCACUGAUGAUAAGCAUCUCAAGUUCCAACCACAUUUUGGACAACAGGAAUGUGUUUCCCCAUAUAGGUCGAGAGGAACCAGUGGUUCAGAAACAAACCGAGUGGGUUCUAGUCAUGGAAUAAAUCAGAAUGUAAGUCAGUCUUUGUGUCAGGAAGAUGACUAUGAAGAUGAUAAGCCUACCAACUAUAGUGAGCGUUACUCUGAGGAAGAGCAGCCUGAAGAAGAGGAGAGACCAACAAAUUUUAGUAUAAAGUACAGUGAGGAAAAACAUGUGGAUCAGCCUAUUGAUUAUAGUUUAAAAUACACCAGUGACAUUUCUUCCUCACAAAAACCAUCCUUUUCUUUCUCUAAGAGUUCAUCAACACAAAGCACUAAACCUGAACACAUCUCUUCAAGCAGUGAGAACGCAUCCACACCUUUAUCUAAUGCCAAGAGGCAGAAUCAGCUGCAUCCAAGUUCAGCCCAAGGUAGAAGUGGACAGGCUCAAAAAAGUGCCACUUGCAAAGUUCCCUCUAUCAACCAAGAAACAAUACAAACUUACUGUGUAGAAGAUACCCCAAUAUGUUUUUCAAGGUGUAGUUCAUUAUCAUCUUUGUCAUCAGCUGAAGAUGAAAUGGGAUGUGAUCAGGCAACACAGGAAGCAGAUUCUGCUACUACUCUGCAAAUAGCGGAAAUAAAAGAGAGCAGUGUGGCUGGGUCAGUGGAAGACCCUGUGAGUGAAGUUCCAGCAGCAUCCCAGCAUGCUAGAGCCAAGUCUAGCAGGCUGCAAGCUUCUGGCUUAUCUUCAGAAUCAGCCCGGCACAAAGCUGUCGAAUUUUCUUCAGGGGCCAAAUCUCCCUCCAAAAGUGGUGCUCAAACACCCAAAAGUCCACCAGAGCACUAUGUUCAAGAGACUCCACUCAUGUUUAGCAGGUGUACUUCUGUCAGUUCUCUUGAUAGUUUUGAGAGUCGCUCCAUUGCCAGCUCUGUUCAGAGUGAACCAUGCAGUGGAAUGGUAAGUGGCAUUAUAAGCCCAAGUGACCUUCCAGAUAGCCCUGGACAAACCAUGCCACCAAGCAGAAGCAAAACUCCUCCACCCCCUCCUCAGGCAGCUCAAACCAAGCGAGAGGUGCCAAAAAAUAAAGUACCCUCUGCUGAAAAGAGAGAGAGUGUGCCUAAGCAGGCUGCAGUCAGUGCUGCAGUUCAGAGAGUCCAGGUUCUUCCAGAUACUGAUACGUUACUACAUUUUGCCACAGAAAGUACUCCAGAUGGAUUUUCUUGUUCAUCUAGCCUGAGUGCUCUGAGCCUUGAUGAGCCAUUUAUACAGAAAGAUGUGGAGCUAAGAAUAAUGCCUCCAGUGCAGGAAAAUGACAAUGGGAAUGAAACAGAACCAGAGCAGCCUGAAGAACCAAGUGAAAAACAGGAAAAAGAGAUGGAAAAACCUAUUGAUUCUGAAAAAGAUUUGUUGGAUGAUUCAGAUGAUGAUGAUAUUGAAAUAUUAGAAGAAUGUAUUAUUUCUGCCAUGCCAACAAAGUCAUCACGCAAAGCCAAAAAGCUAGCCCAGACGACUUCAAAAUUACCUCCGCCUGUGGCAAGGAAGCCAAGCCAGCUGCCUGUGUACAAACUUCUACCGUCACAAAACAGAUUGCAAGCACAAAAACAUGUUAGUUUUACACCAGGAGAUGAUAUGCCUCGGGUGUACUGUGUAGAAGGGACACCUAUAAAUUUUUCCACAGCUACAUCUCUAAGUGAUCUAACAAUAGAAUCCCCUCCAAAUGAGUUAGCUGCUGGAGAAGGAGUUAAAGCAGGGGCACUGUCAGGUGAAUUUGAAAAACGAGACACCAUUCCGACAGAAGGCCGAAGUACAGAUGAGGCUCAAAGAGGAAAAGCCUCAUCUGUAGCCACACCGGACACGGAUGACAGUAAAGCCGAGGAAGGCGACAUUCUUGCGGAAUGCAUCAAUUCUGCUAUGCCCAAAGGGAAAAGUCACAAGCCUUUCCGAGUGAAAAAGAUAAUGGACCAGGUCCAGCAAGCAGCUGUGUCUUCAUCUGGGACUAACAAAAAUCAAGUAGAUGGUAAGAAAAAGAAGCCUACUUCACCAGUAAAACCUAUGCCACAAAAUAUAGAAUACAGGACACGUGUAAGAAAGAACGCAGACUCAAAAAAUAACGUAAGUGAACAAAGUUUCCCAGACAACAAAGAUUCAAAGAAACAGAGCAUGAAAAAUAAUUCUAAAGAUUUCAAUGAUAAGUUGCCUAAUAAUGAAGAUCGAGGCAGAGGAAGUUUUACUUUUGAUUCACCUCAUCAUUACACCCCUAUUGAAGGAACGCCUUACUGUUUUUCACGAAAUGACUCUUUGAGUUCUCUAGAUUUUGAUGAUGAUGAUGUUGACCUUUCCAGGGAAAAGGCUGAACUAAGAAAGGGGAAAGAAAAUAAGGAUUCAGAGGCUAAAGCUGCCUGCCACACAGAGCUAACCUCAAACCAACAGCCAGCUAAUAAGUCACAAGCUGUCACAAAACAGCCAGUAAGUAGAAGUCAGUCCAAACCACAACUACAGAAGCAACCCAUGUUCUCCCAGUCUCCCAAAGACAUACCAGACAGAGGAGCAGCAACUGAUGAAAAAUUACAGAAUUUUGCUAUUGAAAAUACUCCAGUUUGCUUUUCUCGUAAUUCCUCUCUCAGUUCCCUCAGUGAUAUUGACCAAGAAAAUAACAACAGUAAAGAAAAUGAACCUGUCAAAGAGACUGAGCCUCCUGACUCACAAGGAGAAACAAGUAAGCCUCAGGUAUCAGGUUAUGCUCCUAAAUCAUUUCAUGUUGAAGAUACCCCCGUUUGUUUCUCAAGAAACAGUUCUCUUAGUUCCCUUAGUAUUGAUUCUGAAGACGAUCUGUUGCAGGAAUGUAUAAGUUCAGCAAUGCCCAAAAAGAAAAGGCCCCCAAGACUCAGGGCAGACAAUGAAAAGCCUAGUCCCAGAAGCAUGGGUGGCAUAUUAGCUGAAGAUUUGACUCUUGAUUUGAAAGAUAUACAGAGACCAGAUUCAGAACAUGGUCUGUCCCCUGAUUCAGAAAAUUUUGACUGGAAAGCCAUUCAGGAAGGUGCAAAUUCCAUAGUGAGUAGUUUGCACCAAGCUGCUGCUGCUGCCUGCUUAUCAAGACAAGCCUCAUCCGAUUCAGACUCCAUUCUUUCACUAAAAUCAGGGAUUUCUCUGGGAUCACCUUUUCAUCUUACACCUGAUCAAGAAGAAAAGCCCUUCACAAGUAAUAAAGGCCCUCGAAUUCUCAAACCUGGGGAGAAAAGCACAUCAGAAGCUAAAAAGAUAGAAUCUGAAAACAAAGGGAUCAAAGGUGGAAAAAAGGUUUAUAAGAGUUUGAUUACUGGAAAAGUUCGAUCUAAUUCAGAAGUUUCAAGCCAAAUGAAACAGCCCCUUCAAACAGGCAUGCCUUCAAUCUCUCGAGGAAGGACAAUGAUUCAUAUUCCAGGAGUUCGAAAUAGUUCCUCAAGUACAAGUCCUGUUUCUAAAAAAGGCCCACCCCUUAAGACUCCAGCCUCCAAAAGCCCUAGUGAAGGUCAGACAGCCACCACUUCUCCUAGAGGAACCAAGCCUUCAGUGAAAUCAGAGCUGAGCCCUAUUACCAGGCAGACUUCCACAGCAGGUUGUUCAAAUAAAGGGCCUUCAAGAUCAGGGUCUAGAGACUCGACUCCUUCACGGCCUGCCCAGCAACCACUAACUAGACCUAUGCAAUCUCCAGGACGAAACUCAAUUUCUCCUGGUAGAAAUGGAAUAAGUCCUCCUAACAAAUUAUCUCAACUGCCUAGGACAUCAUCCCCUAGUACUGCUUCAACUAAGUCCUCAGGUUCUGGGAAAAUGUCAUAUACAUCCCCAGGCAGACAGUUGAGCCAACAGAACCUUACCAAACAAACAGGCUUAUCCAAGAAUGCCAGUAGUAUCCCAAGAAGUGAGUCUGCCUCUAAAGGACUAAAUCAGAUGAAUAAUGGCAAUGGGUCCAAUAAAAAGGUAGAACUUUCUAGAAUGUCUUCAACUAAAUCAAGUGGAAGUGAAUCUGAUAGGUCAGAAAGACCUGUAUUAGUACGCCAGUCUACUUUCAUCAAAGAAGCCCCAAGCCCAACCCUAAGGAGGAAAUUAGAGGAAUCUGCUUCAUUUGAAUCUCUCUCUCCAUCUUCUAGACCAGAUUCUCCCACUAGGUCCCAGGCACAAACACCAGUUUUAAGUCCUUCCCUUCCUGAUAUGUCUCUUUCCACACAUCCAUCUGUUCAGCCUGGUGGAUGGCGAAAACUCCCACCGAAUCUCAGUCCCACUAUAGAGUAUAAUGAUGGAAGAGCAGCAAAGCGCCAUGACAUAGCACGCUCGCAUUCGGAAAGCCCUUCCAGACUUCCAAUCAACAGGUCAGGAACCUGGAAGCGUGAGCACAGCAAGCACUCGUCAUCCCUUCCUCGAGUGAGCACUUGGAGAAGAACCGGCAGCUCAUCUUCUAUUCUUUCUGCUUCGUCAGAGUCCAGUGAAAAAGCAAAAAGUGAGGACGAGAAACACGUAAACUCCAUGCCAGGACCCAAACAAACUAAAGAAAGCCAAUUAUCUACAAAAGGAACAUGGAGAAAAAUAAAAGAAAGUGAAAUUUCUCCCACAAAUACUCCUCAAACCACUUCCUCAGGUGCUACAAACGGUGCUGAAUCAAAGACUCUGAUUUAUCAGAUGGCACCUGCUGUUUCUAAGACAGAGGAUGUGUGGGUGCGGAUUGAGGACUGUCCCAUUAACAACCCUAGAUCUGGAAGAUCUCCCACAGGUAAUAUGCCCCCAGUGAUUGAUGGUGUUUCAGAAAAGGGGAAUCCAAAUGUUAAAGAUUCAAAAGACAAUCAGGGAAAACAAAAUGUGGGUAAUGGCAGUGUUCCCGUGCACACCAUAGGUUUGGAAAACCGCCUAAACUCCUUUAUUCAGGUAGAUGCCCCAGACCAAAAAGGAACUGAAACAAAAUCAGGACAAAGUAAUUCUGUCCCUGCAGCAGAGACUAGUGAGACUUCUAUAGCAGAGCGCACUCCAUUCAGUUCAAGCAGCUCCAGCAAACACAGUUCACCAAGUGGGACUGUUGCUGCCAGAGUGACUCCUUUUAAUUACAACCCAAGCCCUAGGAAAAGCAGCGCAGACAGUACUUCAGCCCGACCGUCACAGAUCCCCACGCCAGUGAGUAACAACACAAAGAAGCGAGACUCCAAGUCUGACGGCACAGACUCCAGUGGUGCUCAGAGCCCCAAGCGCCACUCUGGGUCUUACCUCGUGACAUCUGUUUAAAAGAACUGGAAAAUUCGUCGUCAAUUCCAACUGCUACUUACAAAUUCUAUUUCAAAUGAAACUUUAAGGGAUUGAAGGUUUUUGUAAAGUAGGUUUGAUUCCUUUUAGAAGAGUUUUGUUCUGGAAGCCAUAUUUGAUAGUACACUUUGUCUUCACUGGUCAUAUUUUGGGAGGCACUAUUGAUAGAUAGGGAAAAAAAUGGUAAAGCCAAGUAUAUUUGUACAGUAUGUUUUACAUGUAUUUAAGUAGCAUCCAUCCCAUCAUCCCUUAAUUAUCGCUCAUCUUAAAAUAAUGUACACUACAGAUAGAAAAUAUGGUAUAUUGCUGUUAUCAAUCAUUUCUAGAUUAUAAACUAAACUUACAUCAGGGAGAAAUUGGUAUUUAUGCAAAAAAAUUAGUCCUUGUGAAUCCAUCUAAUUCAUAAACAAUCAUGUGGCUGUGAAAUUCACAGUAAUAUGGUUCCCGAUGAUUAAGUUUACCCAGCCUGCUUUGCUUUACUGCAUGAAUGAAACUGAUGGUUCAAUUUCAGAAGUAAUGAUUUAACAGUUCUGUGGUCACAUGAUGUGCAUAGAGAUAGCUACAGUGUAACAAUUCACACUAUUUUGUGCUUAAAAAAAAAAAAAGUCUGUGUAACUGUAAAACAUUGAAUGGAACUAUUUUACCUGAACUAGAUUUUAUCUGAAAGUAGAUAGAAUUUUUGCUAUGCUGUAACUGUUGUAUAUUCUGGUAUUUGAGGUGAGAUGGCUGCUCUUUUAUUAAUGAGACCUGAAUUGUGUCUCAACAAACUUAAAUGAACAUUUCAGAAUAAAUUAUUGCUAUAUGUAAACUAUUACUGAAAUUGGUAUUUGUUUGAAGGGUCUUAUUUCACAUUUGUAUUAACAAUUGUCAAAAGGGCCUGUUUUAAAAGCUUAUAUAAUUUUUUCUUCAGAUUCUAUGCAUUAAGAGUAAAAUUCCUCCUACUGUAAUACAAACAGUUAAAAGAAAACUGUUGACACUUAACCAUUCCUACAUUUUAUUUUUAUGUAAUUACCACUUCUCAAUGUUCAGUAUUUUCCACUUUUUUUCUUACUCUACUGGAGCGUGGUUAAAACAAAUGUAUAUGAUAGCACAGGACUAAGCCCUGGACAUAACUGGCCCACCUAGAAUGUUUCCUUUUUCUCAACAGAAUUCUAUCCUUGAAAAAAUACGCAUUAUUCCUAGGUAUAAGUAGUCUCUUCCAGGUUUUACAUUGUAACUGUCUUCCUCCUUCCUCUUCUCCUUAUUGCUGAAAUGAACACCUAUUACCGCAUGACAUGUUAAGGCAGACUUUUUUUUUCAGACAAGUAUAAUCAGUAUUUUGCUAUACUCAGAAAAUAAAAAUCACAUGGAACUUCACAGAUAGAUUUACUAUCAUUAACAUAUUGAAAAGAAUAUUUUAGAAAUCCUUCCUUGUUACAGAAAACUGUUUUGAUAGGUAUAGUGAUAGAGUGUUAGUAAGGGUCCACUUUCUAACACUAUAAGAGAACCUUCCAUCAUGAAGAAUACACUUCAUUAGCAAAUAAAUUUUUUCUAAAGUUGUUGUGAUCAAUAUAGUUCUCCAAGACUAUUGUAAACACUAGGAAGAUUAUGAAUAUAGGUCCUAUCUAUUUUUCUUUCAUUCUUGAUUUUCUAUUUGAACUAUUGAAUGACAGCUUUUGUAAGCCACUUCAGGUAUUUUUGUGGAAAGAGAUGAUGUACUAGUUAUUUAGAAUAUUACCUUUUAAUUCAAGUUAAAAGCAAUGUUGGAAGUAAAAGAAUUAACUUCACAUUCUAGAAGACUGAAUUCCUGAAGGCAACACUUCUGGAAGAAGGGCCAAUCUGUAUUGUCCCUUGAAGAAAAAGUUGCUGGGUAAAACCCUCUGGUUAAAGAUAAUAGGUUUGGCUUAGUUAAGGGGUAAGUCCCAGUUCUACUUUGGGAAGUUCACUGAAUGCUGCCUUAAGUAAUAGGCCAAAUACUUCCAGCUUAUGUUUGUUCCAAAUGGCAUACUAAACCCAGUGUUGAAGAUCAAUUAAUAGGCAUGAUGACUGUUAAAGAUGGAGGGCCCUGUUGGACUGCUGGGGGGGAAAAAUCCUAAGGAAGUGACUUUUAAACAGAUGUUUGAAUCCCCAGUAGUGCUUAUUAAGACACAGCAGGGUCACACCCCAGUUUGAGUAGAUCUGGAGAGGGCUACAAAAAUGACAAGUUCAAAGGUGAUCCUGGUGCUUCUGAGAAAGACUGUCCUAAGUUAUACCACAGUGAAGCUCUUGACAUGAUGGCCUUCAACUCUGACCAUUCAUUAACUGGAACUUUAUAAUCUGCCAGCAAACUCUUCUCGCUAAGCAAGGAAGACUUGAAUAGUGAGCUAUCCAAUAUAACAUAGCUAGUCUCAACUCCCAGUAGGGAGCAAACUUGCAGACUAAAAGUAAGUCUGAGGAUAUCCACUGUCUGAAGAAUCGGCUGGUAUUCCGUUUGAAACAGUUGUGAAAGACAAGAACUUCAACAAACACCUAAUUUGAAUUUGCAAUAGAAUUAGAAGAGACAUGUAAAGGGAACUUUGGGAUGAGAGAGAUUGGUUUCAGAUUAAAGAAAAAUUCAAUUUAUUAAACCAGACACUCAAGGAUAAACUUUACAAAUUAGCAGGCACUAUAAGGAAAGUUAAUGAGAGGUAAGUAACUAAAAGAUUAAGACAUUUAAGUACCAAAAUAAUGCUCUAAGCAUAGUCAGAAUUUUCUUGAUUAUGUAAAAUGUGGAUCAUGUUACCACAAAGGUAAUUCAGUGCUGAGGAUGGAAGCCAGUUACACUGCAUCUGAAUUCUUGAAGUCACAGUGUUUCUUUGUAAACUUAAUACAAAGGAACAGAGUAUCAGAAAUGUGAAAAUAGGUUGCCCAGAGCUAAAGAAAGAUUUGAGUAGUAGGUCAUUAAUAUUUACCAAAACAGUUUUUCAAAGUGGCUGAAUCAGAGUAGAAAAAAAUUUUUUUUUUCAUUUUCAAGUAAGCAUAUUUCCUCCCCAUACUUACACUGACUUUAAAAUUCUACUUUGUAAUUGUUGAAAUCUAUGGACUGUGACUCCUGUAAACCCAGGACCUUUUUCUGCUGUUCUCUCAACUCUGGUCUAUACAAAUAUAUGCUGGUUUUUGUUAGGCCAUUGAUGCUUCUUUCAACCUGUAUGUUCUAUAUGUAUAAUACUGUUCUUGGUGCUAAAUACACUUUCUUUCCUCUGGUAA